AAAAAAGAGGAAAAAUAAAGUUUGUCGAAUUUUUAACUCCCGCUUUUAUGGAGAAAACGCUUUAAUGGUGAUCUUUUCGAUGAUACGAUAAGGAGUAAUGUGUUUCGCGAGAUGUUUAACCCCGCCUAGGCCACAUUUUCCGGAUCGCAGCGUGUCCAGCCGCGGCUGAACAGAUUUUCUUUUGCGACGCAUCGUAGUCGACCAUGGCACGGAACGGACUGAAUGAGCUUCCGAACGGUGUGACUCUGUGUGAAACGCAAGUUGCCGGUCAUACGGCUGCCCAAGGAUGUCUCGGGUUGCUGAAAUCCUCCAACGAUGGUACUGUCCUGAAGCCGACGGGGAAGCUGCAGUGCGGUAUACGUGAGAUUGCGUUCUACGAGCAGCUGAAACCACUGCAAGCGAUGCAACUUGCAACUGAACGCAGCACAGAUCCUGUCACUACGGGUAGUCUGCAGCAACUGAGCUGCCUGGUGCCGCGUUACUAUGGUCACCCGAAGCUUCCGAUCGGUGGUAAGGAGAUGGAGUUUAUCCAGCUGGAGGAUCUGACGGAAGGCUACGAGCAGCCCUGCAUCAUGGACGUGAAGAUUGGACGACGCACGUGGGACCCAAUGGCGACGCCCGAGAAGCGCAAGGCGGAAGAAAGUAAAUACAAGGCAUGUCGGCAGACGUUUGGCCUUUGCAUUCCAGGUUUCCAGGUGUACUCGGUGCACGAUAGUGAUGAUCGUAAAGAUCGCUUAGUACGGCACGGCAAGGACUACGGUAAACAGUUAACCGAGUCCAACAUACGUGAUGCAUUCCAGCUAUUUCUAAACGCAACUCCCGAUGGACGAGUCAACCAGGAGUUGGUCCAUUCGCUGCUGCACGAUGUGCGACAAAUCCAGGGCUGGUCCCACUGUCAAACAACGUUCCGGCUGUACUCCAGCUCUGUGCUGCUGCUGUACGAUGCAGCACACUUGAAGACGGUUACUUCCAUGAAGCAGAGCAACAAAAGUCUGACCAGAAACGAUCAUCAUAGCGAUGGCACAUUGCCGGCAGCUGAACCGAUCAACCGGCGGCCAUGGGCCGCUGCCAAAAUGAUCGAUUUCGCUCACGCGUUCACCAAGGAAACGGAUGACGCGGGAACGACGAGAGACGAUAACUACAUACAGGGAGUAGAUAGUCUAGUGGCCAUACUGAACCAGUUCCUUGAAAUCGAUACGAUAUAGUCUGCCCUCGGUUCGGGUGUAUUUAACGCGGUUUUUUCUAGGUGGCAAAGCUACUUACUAGACGCGCACCAAUGCGGCGCGCAGCAAACGAUUCCAAUACGUAAAAUGUUUUCGUAAAAUGAUACCAAAUUUAUGAAGGAAACCCGAUUGCCAUCAGUACAUUAGAUGUUCGUGUUUAAGAAGAGGGAUUUAGGCUAGGGGGCGGCAGCAGCUGCAGUGGAGGGGCGUACGAUGUACCAAAAUAAGUGCACAAGAGGAAGCUCUUUUCCACUCAAACAGAAUCGGUCCCUGAGUACGAUAAUUUUAUAUGAAUAAAUUGCAUACAUACCAUA